AUGAUGGAAAAAGAAAAUAAAUUGACGGGGAGGUCUCAGCCGUUAGUCCAUUUCACCCGUAGACUGGUGUAUAAAAUAAUAAAUCGUCUGAGUCUCAUCGCCCUACUCGACUUAGUGACCUUUGGCACCACGACGCAUCUGAUUGUGGGCGCUGCAAGAUUCUGCAUCUUGACGUUGUGCAAUAUCAGCUUCUGGCCUGAUCUCGUCAAUCGGAAAAGAAAUGCCAUCCAGAAUGCCCUCAGCCUGAGCCAAAAAUCGCAUACCGACCUGUUCGGGCGGCUGGAUCUCAAUGUGAGGAAUGACGAGAUGCAAGCGCCGGUCGCGUUGGCAACACUGCCAGUGAUUUCAACUCUGUUGCUGGUGGCGAAAUGGCUGUUGUUGAUGCGAGCCUUCUACCUGAUUGCCAGACUGGCCUUCUCUUUGGUGCGUAUUCAACGACGACUGUCGAAAAAGCGGAUCGCUCUGGCGGAACGUCACAGUCGACUGAACAGCAAACUGGUCGGACUGGACAGUGCCGUUGCCGUGGGCGAUGGCAGACCGGUCGACUGGGUCGACGAGGUGACCCGACUGCCGUUGUCCCAGCUCCGUCGGCAGCUGCAAAAGCGUCAGAUCACCGCCAUCGACUUGCUGGACGCGUUUCAGCGCAAAGCUCUGGCUCUGAUACAGUCACAGACGGGCUGUAUCGCCGAGAUCAUCUACGGCGCUGACGUGGACGCCAUCUACGCGGACGAGACGCUCGACUCGAAGCUGCCGAAUGCCACGACGCCGGCUUCUCUCUUGCAUGGCAUCCCGAUCAGUCUGAAAGAGAUGAUACCGGUUUGCGGCUACGAUCACACCAUGGGAUAUGUGCACAAUGUAAGUGGGCUGGCGUUUUGCAGGUCCAUUCGCGGGAUGUAUGACAUUCCGGUGAUGUUUCGCAUUGUAGAUACGAAGAGUGACUGA